UGCUCGGCCAAAGUUCCCAACUUUUUAGGACUCCUCUGCUUCUCCGUGCAACCGGUCUGCCGCCGGAGAACCGAAGCAAAAACAAAGGGCCAGGACAGAAACUCCUUAGUUCUUCUGGGCUGCAAAACAUCCCUAGAGGGCUGAUGCCAUUUCUGAAUAACACUUUUUAAGGGCCCAGCCUUCUUUUUAAUUCUGAAUGCAACUCUCGCCUGCGUAGAAGAACCUUUUUCUUUGCCGUAUGCAGACAUACAUGCAUGCAUGCAUGCACGCACAAACCCCAAGCCCUGUUCCUGGAUAAGCCACAAGGAAAAUAUUUGAGGAGGAAAAUGUAUGGAGAACUUCUCAAUUCAACUACUGCAACUGAUCCUCACCUGAUCGUUCAGACCAACACUCCCUAUCCAGGGAGCACCCACAGACCUAUCAGCUCUUCGGGUUUUUAUAUGUCCACAGCCAGAGUGUUAAAAGAAGGUGAAAUUAAUAAGCCGGACUUGGUGACAUAUGUUGUCCUGUUCUUCUUCCUGCUCUUGGCUGUCACGACCAUUGUACUUUUUAUUAACUGCCAGCUGAAACAUUCUUUUUUUGCUACGCUUCCUUAUGAUAGAUCCCUGCGAGAAGCUAGGAGCCCAUGGAAAACGCAGGCUGUCUAAUCUUCUUCGGCAGAGUAAGAAGGGAGCUGGGAAAGUCUAAGCCAAGCUCUGUUAUGACCAGCAUCUCGUGAACUCUCUUAUGCAAUUUGCCAUGGGGGGGGGGGAUAAUAAAGCCAGCUCUAUACAAAUGAAAAUAUUCAACAACGAACUUCAAUACAAAACAUGAUCUGAAAGAGUCCUAUUUCACAUACACAUGCAUACUUUUCUGCAUGUUCAAGAUAAUGACAAAAAGAUGUAAAUAAAAAGAAUGUGUAUGGAUUUUCACGAGU